AUGCGGGGGUUCCUUGGAAUGAUGGGUGGUCGCGUGACGAUCUUCCUGACGAUGGAGCAGUCGAGGCACGCGAGGGACGCCCUGGCGAAGGCGGUGUACGCGGCCAUGUUCGAGUGGGUGGUGGGUAGGACGAACGAGUGCAUUGAGGCCAAGCAGGCGGAGGUGAUGACGGAGGACCGCAUUUUCAUUGGGCUCCUCGACAUCUUCGGCUUCGAGAUCUUCGCGAACAACUACUUCGAGCAGUUCUUGAUCAACUACGCGAACGAGGUGCUGCAGCAACAAUUCAACAACUUCGUCUUCCGCCAGGAGCAGGAGGAAUACGAACGGGAGAAGAUCCAGUGGACCUUCAUCGAGUUCCCGGAUAACAAAGACUGCAUCGAGCUCAUCGACAGGAAGCCGAACGGAAUCAUCCCCACCCUGGACGAGCAGUGCCUCCUGGGCAGGUCGACCGACGACCGCUUCGCCCGCGAGAUGUACAAGAAGUGCGAGGGUCACGACCGCUUCGAGCUGGCGCCCAAGAUGCGGGUAGACCACCAGUUCUGCGUUCGUCACUACGCGGGCAAGGUGGUGUACAGCACCGAGGGCAUCAUCGACAAGAACCGCGACACCUUGCAGCAGGAGGGGGUGGACAUGCUGCUGUCGUCUGGGUCGGAGUUCACGGUCCUCAUGGGCGAGAUCGAGGCCAAGUCUACCAAGGGCAAGCCUCGCAGGUCGGAAAGCGGCAGUUCCCCUGGGACGGCAGGAGCCUCAAGCGCAGGCGGUGGAGGGGGUGGAGGCAGCGGCGGCGGUCGGCGCGUCGGCAGGCGCACGACCAUCGGCGCCAAGUCCCUCGGCGCACAGUUCCGGGAGAACCUCAACAAUCUCGUGGCCACGGUGGACAAGACGCACCCCCACUACGUGCGGACGAUCAAGCCGAACGACGACCUGAAGCCCGGCAACUUCGCCUACGACCGCAUCGCGGAGCAGCUGCGCAACGCCGGCGUGCUGGAGGUGGUGAGGGUGGCCCGCGCCGGGUUCCCCGUCCGCCUGGGCAUCCAGGAGUUUAUCGACCGAUAUGGGGUGCUCGCCCCGCUGGUGGUCGAGACGGCCUACAGGAAUUGCGCUCAGGACGGCGGAGAGAUCGACCAAGAGUCGGAGCGUGCGGUGUGCAAAGCCCUGGUGGUAUCGAUCGUGGCCAAGGUGACGAAGGGGAAAGCGAACGCGUCAACGGAGGAGCAAUUCAUGGCCCUGUGCCGCGACGUGGGGAUGCAGAUGGGGCUCACGAAGGUCUUCUUCCAGCAGAAGGCGUUCAACAGCAUAGAGAGACUCAGGACGGCCAUGAUCUCGAACUCCAUCACCAAGAUCCAGACGGCCCUCCGCUGCUGGCUGGCCCGCAAGAAGUUCUGCCGGGACAGGAAGGCGGCCGUGUCGGUGCAGGCGUGGGUUAGGGGAGAGCAGGUCCGCGCGACGGUGGGGCGGGGGAUGCAGGAGCUGGUGCGGAAGCGCAAGGAGAAGGAGGCGCAGGAGGCGGAGGCGGCCAGGCUCGUGGCCCAGGAGAAGCAGAAGCAUUUAGAGGAGCAGGCGCUAUCCGUCAGGCUCGCGGAGCUGAGGGUCCAGAUGCAGGACGAGAUCGACUCCGUCAAGGCCGAGCUGAAGAAGGCCAAGUCCACCGUCAAGGCCCUGCAGGGGCUGAACGGCCGCAAGGUUGCCGUGACCGGCGCCCUUCGCGGGUGCGGGCCGGCCAUCGUGAAGCGCCUGCUCCAGGAGGGCGCCGCCGUUAUCGCCGCCGACAGAGGCAUGUCCAACGAGCAGGCAACGGCGGCCGGCCUCCGGCCGGCAGGUGACGGGGAUGGGGCGAGCGCGGCCGGUACUACCCCCGAGGCUGACGCCCUGGCGGAAGGCCGUCUGGUGUUCUUCGACAUGGGGGGGGCGGGAGACGAGGACGGGGCGUGCCGGCUGUCCUCGCUGUGCGUGGAGUCAUUCGGAGGGAUGGACGGUCUCGUGUGCAACACGUCGGCGCCGGCAAUGCUGGUCGGGGACGAGACGGGGGGAGCGCUCCCGAACGGCGCAAGCUUCGGCGGCGGCUCCGCCGGCGGCGACGGGAUCGUGAACCCGCUCGAAGACCUGGAGCCGUCCGACUGGGCCGACGCGUUGACCGGAGCCCUGACAGAACCCAUGCUGGCGGUGAAGCACGCGCUGCCGCUGCUGCAGGCCGCGUGCGCCACGGGCAAGGUUUCCGCCGGGGGAAUCGUGAACGUGGUGUGCACGAGCUUGCCCGCGUCCGAGAUAGGGCUGGCGGCGGUGUCUGGGGCGGGGGUAAUAUCGAACCGCGAGACUCUGACGGCCGCGGCCGGGGGCCUCGCCGGGCUGACGCACGCCCUGGCGUUGAGCUCUGGCCCUUACGUGCGCGUGAACGCGGUCAGCGUGCCGGAGGGCAGCGGCAGGCCGGCCGCCGGGAUGACGUUGACGGCGCGCGGCGAGCGCGUGGGCAAGGACGCGGCGUCGGCCGUGACGUUCUUGCUGUCGAACCGCGCCGGCUCGGUGACGGGGCAAAAUCUUGUGGUGGAUGACGGUGCGGCAAGAAGGAAGUAGGGAGAUUCCAGAGGGGUUUUUCUGUUGUCGUUUUCUUUAUGGCGUGUUUUGUACUUGGGACUUGGGGUCGUUGAAUGCCUUCCGGAAAAAAUGCAAGGGGCGCGCCGUUUGAGUGGCUGUAGCCUGGACAUUUUGCGGUGCAGCCGUUGUUUUCAUUUGCUCUCUGGAUGGGUACCAUGGUUUCGCCUCAUUGUACUCGUGCUUCCUUUUUUUUUGUCCGUUUUUGGCUUGCCCUCUCUCUUUGUGGGGGAGGGGGGGGGAGCGUGCUGCAGGGCAGGGUGUGUUGUGCCGUGCCCUAGUUGGUGUCGAUCUUCUGUCGUGUGCUCUUCCUCUGCUUACGAUCUCAUCUCUCACUGAUGUUUGUGUUUUUGUUAGAUGUACGUCUUGUUUUUUGUUUGCGGGUUUGCAGACCUUGGCCCCCACUCCGCCGCGGAGUCAUGUAGAACCUCCACUACGGCUGCCAUUUUAUCUUUUUCCUAUUUUCGGUCAACGAUCGCACCUGCUUACAACUCUUUGUGCGCCCUGCUUCUGCAGCAGCAGCUGUGGAAAAUUAGGGUCUUUUAUUGCGUGUUGUUGCCCUGGUGAUGCCAGGAAGGCAGCAUGUGCCAGCAACAAUGCGACCAAGCGUUCGGGUGACCCCAGGCUCAGGGGUAAAGAUAUACCCUUGGAUGCGAUUACAGAGAAUCUUGGAACCAAGCGUCGCUGAGGGGGUCAGGGGCUUGGGUAGGGUUCACCAAGAUGUAGUACAUUUGCAUAGGAUACAUGCAUAUUCAAAACCCAUUUGCAGUAUGAAUGAAAGCUGCUCGGCCGUCCGGAAUAUGUCCGGGUCGCCGUAAGCGCUAGGUAGGCGCGGUAGCGCAGAGGGCCUGGGGGGCGGGGGGCGGGGGGGUGACGUGUAAAGUCUAGAGUACGUGGGCUGGGUUUUGUAAUCUAAAAACGAAUCGAAGGGCGCUACCCGUUAAGUUGUGGUUUGUGUCUAACUUUCGAAAGACUGGCGAAAGGGGUGUCGACUAUAUCUUGGAGGUCAGUCUUUGAACGGUACACAGAUAUUUCCUUUAUUUUUUGUUUGUCUCUGGGACCCUUGGAGUUGGGCGGCCCUGACGCUUGUAUGACCCUAGCGUGUAGUGUAGGGAUAAAGGACCGCUCUGAUGGAUUGCGAGGCCGUUGGAGGAUAGCCUCCUCAGGAUGGCGCUGUCCCGCCUGCCCGUUCCAUCAAGCGGAGCAGCCCUCUACAACUAUGUUUGCUUUGGGCGCAGCUGUCUCCUUGUAUUUUCACGGGUGUGG